AUGACAUUCAAAUGGUUCAAAAAACUCCGUGCCCGCCUAAAAGAAAACUGGAACCACGACUACGCCGCAGACCCAGACAACGAACGCGACCACACCCACGACGACGACAUGAAAGGUUUCGAAUACUGGCACUACAAACUCACAGGCUUCAACCCAGCCGGAAUGGCCGGAAUGGGCCAGGACGGGAAACGUGCAACGUGGUCCUACAGCCAUGAAAAAGCCCGUCGAUGUAAAUCCUACGAGCGUCGUAAAGCUGAGAGGAAGGCUGUUAAAGCGGCUGCUAAAGCGGCGUUGCAGAGGGAGGAAGAAGAAAGGCGGGUGUUGGUGGCCGGGAUCGAUGUGAAGCCCAAGCGGAAAAUGACGGAUGUGUUAUUGUUGCCGCUGAAGAGAGACUCUCGAACUUCUUCGCUAGAGGCGCAGAUGUCUGAUGUUAAGAUGAAGUCGUAUGGAUUGGAGGAUGUUGAUCUCGGACGAACUGGUGGGCCGAAUGAUGCGUUGAAUGCGCUCGAGGGUAAUCGAGACUCAGACCUCGCCGCGAGAGAACAGUUGCCACCACCACCUCCUCCUCCUCCUGUCCAGCCGCUUCGUAGGGCUGCUUCACAGUACCAUGAUGCUGUCGAUGGACUUGGUCAGCAGCCUGCGUAUUGUUUAUGA